AUGAUCAUAAUUGUCGUCCUGUUACUGCUGGUGGUUCCACCAGUUGUCGUCGGCCAUGGCUGCCCACCGGAAAAAUGUGGGAGUUUUGACACCAUACCUUACCCAUUUCGCCUUAAUAAUGGGUCCGAGUGUGGAGAGUUAAUUUCAGAUGCUUUUCAUCUUUCUUGUUUCAAUGAGACAAUAUUGUUCAUCAAUAUUGGAUCAUAUAAAUAUCAAGUUCUUCAUUUCUUUCCUGAUAGUGGUGGUGUGUUAGUGGAUUUUCCAAAUGAUACUGUUCAUUAUUCUUCAUCAUGUCGAAGCUACUAUGAUCUAAAGUCGUUUAAGUUUCAAGCGAAUGAUUAUUUUGGUAUAUCAAAGGAUAACUUGGUUGGUUUGUAUGGGUGUGGGGAUUCUUCGUUAUGUAGGAGUGACUGUGGUGGUUGUCGUGAUGCUAACACCACCACGACCUUCACAAGUAGUGGUUGUUGUUACUCGUUAUCUGAAGAUCGUGGCGGUGUAUGGAAAGUGGGUGAUGGUUUUAAUGUGUUUGAGGAGUCUGGAUGCAAGGGGUUUUCUUCUUGGGUAGGUUCGAGUACAGGUUCCAAUAAUGGUGAGAUAAAGCGCGGUGUUAAGUUAGAAUGGGCUAUCCCGGGUGAUUUAAUUAAAGAAGCGUGUGAUUUGAACGGUCGAAGUGUGAAUGCAAGUUCAGUGAUCUUUGGUAUGAGGUGCAAGUGCAUUGAUGGAUUUAUUGGUGAUGGGUUUGCAAAGGGAAAAGGUUGCUUGAAAUACUGCCUCAAAAAUGGAGCAGAAGUGUAUGGCAAGGCCUGUUACGCUAAUAGACAUGGCCGGGGAAAACUCAUGCUUGUUGCUGGAAUUCUCGCAUUAGCCCUCUCGAUAGCCACAUUGAUAGCGCUCUUUUUUAUGUUAAAACGACAAACCAAGCUAGGAACUGCUGAUCUUGAUCAAACACGUAGCCAAGGCAGCGUUUCAUUUCAUAAAGGACGAAGAACUCGUUUAUUUACUCAUGCCGAACUAGAACAAGCCACCAACGGAUUCUCAGACGAUCAAAAACUUGUCAACAUGGGGGGUGGAGGUACCAUCUAUGCCGGUAUCCUCACAGAUGGACUCAAGGUAGGCAUCCACAAAGUACAUUGCACAACCGAAACAGACCUCAUUCAAGUUCUCUCACGUGUCAAGACUCUAUCAGAAGUGUCCCAUGCAAACAUGGCCCGGAUCCUGGGCUGCUCAAUCGACUCGGGUUAUACUCCAUUGGUGGUUUAUGAAAAUCCAGGAAAUGGUACACUUGAACAACAUUUAUGUCUAGCUGGAAUCGAUGGCAAAAACGGUCUCGAUUGGUAUAACAGAUUGACAAUCACAGCUCAGUUAUCAAGUGUACUCGCAUAUCUCCAAACCGAAAUCUUCCCUCCUGUGUUCCACCAUGGUCUCCAGACAGGAUGCAUUUUUCUAGACCAAGACCUUUCGGUAAAACUAGUUGGGCUUGAGCUAUUGGACCAUGGUUCAGAUGGGUAUGGUUCCAUUACUCCAUUUUCAAACAAAAAUGAUGUUUAUGGUCUUGGUGUGGUGCUUCUGGAGAUUUUAGCUGGUGGGAAGUCGUCAGAACUGGCAACAGUUGCUUUACGGAAGAUUAGAAAUGGGAAGCUAGAAGAGGUGGUCGAUCCGAUGUUGUACUACCAUGAACAACCGGCAUACAGAAAAGAGCAGAUGGGGAUAGUGGCCGAUGUCGCCACUAGGUGCUUGUUGUUUGGUGGAGGUGAUGGGCGGUUGGGGAUGAAUGAUGUUGCUAGAGAGUUGGUUCAUGUGACCAAAGAAAGUAUUGAUCAUGUUGGCAGUAGACGGGGACCUGCUGGACUUGAAGAAACUUUCUCUAAUUCAAGUUUACUGCAAAUGAUCUCAUUGUCUCCUGACUCCAUUUAUGUACCAUAAAUGUAAUAAGAAUUGAACCCACUCUCUGAGAUUACCAUGUUUAGGUGUUAUUCUUCGGGAAAAUGCAAAUAUAAUAAAUUGUAAUUGUAUAGUUAUCAAAGAACAUGUUUGAAACCUGUUGGAAUGGAAUCAAAAGGUAAACCAGCGAAGUUAUCACCAUGAUGAGUAAAAAAUGAUUGGAGAACUGGAGAUCAGAAAUUAGAGUUCUGGGGUUCAAAUCUUGACACUGGUCAGUGGUCACACAUGUUUCCCUUUGAGGGAGGUUUACCUGGUUUGAGCUUGUGUGACG